CCGGGAAUCCGAGCUGAAUUCUGCCCUUUCCACGCCGCUGUUGCGCUCUUCUACCCAGCCGGGGCAUUUUGCUCAGAUUGCUCUCGGGGAAAAAACCACAACACACAGAGUCAGAGUUUCUAAUCGUGUUUCUUUUCGGAUCCUCUACUUUGUGUUCUCGCUGAGCUCCGUGUUUCGUCCCCGCGGUUCUGCGCAGUGAACCGCUCCGCCGCCGGUAUGGAUUGAUGUGAUUUUUUUUUUUCUCCGCCUCGCCAAGUUUUCUCUUCGGCCGCCAGCUCCAUGUUUCUCAGGGCGACUUUUCCGAAGUGACCGGCUCGCGGAUGGUUUCGGAGGCGCGCGCAGGGUGAAAACUGUGUGAUCGGGAGAGGGUCGGGGCCGGAUUUUCUAGCACGGACUCCGUGGACUUUUGCUGUUUGUUGGAGACGAAACUAACAUAUUUUUUGUUUUGUUUUGUUUUGUUUGAGCUGAAAGUGAUGGCGGAGCGGGGAGCGCGCGUGCUCCUCUCUCUCCUCUGCCUCACCUCUGCGUGCUCGCUCGCGCCUGCACGCGCUCAGAAAGGCUCCGUCAAGAGGCACUUCAGUCCUUUCUGGUUCUCCGUGGAGCCCUCGGAUACGUUGGCGGUGAGGGGGUCCCCUGCGUUACUCAACUGCUCUGUCUACAGCGAGCUCCCUGUCAAGGUGCACUGGAAGAAAGAUGGCGUUUUGCUCAACCCGGACGAUCGCAGGCAGGUCCUGCCCGACGGCUCGCUGCUCAUCGGCUCCGUCACGCACUCCAAACACAACAAACCCGACGAGGGUGUCUAUCAGUGCGUGGCUACCAUCGAGAACCUGGGCAUGAUCAGCAGCCGCAGCGCCAGACUCGACGUAGCAGGUACACCUCGUUUCUCCGGGCAGCCCGAGGCGGCGUCUGUGCGUCUCGGGGACAACCAGGUGCUCAGCUGUGAGGUCAAUACGGACUUGGUGAGCUUUAUUCGCUGGGAGCACGAUAAGGAGCCGGUGCCAUUGGACCAGAGAGUGUACACAUUACCCAGCGGCGCGCUGGUCAUCAGCAACGCCACAGGGGUGGACGCAGGUCUGUACCGGUGUGUGCUGGAAAAUGCAGGACCUACGAAGAACAGCGACGAGGCUGAGCUCCAGAUCCUACCUGAAACAUGGGAGGUGCGCAAGCUGGAGUUCCUCAGGCAGCCAGGCUCCGUGUCCAGGGUGGUGGGAGAGAGCGUAUUGCUCCCCUGUGUGGUGAGCGGAUUCCCUGCAGCCUACGUUCGCUGGAUGCAAGACGAUAGAGUCAUCGAUGACAGUGACGGCCGCUUUGAGCUGCUCGGCGGGGGCAGUCUACAGAUCUUUAACCUGACGGAAGAGGAUGGUGGGAUAUACAGUUGCCUGGCGGAUAAUGCAAACGACUCCAUUGAAGCUCGGGCUGAGCUCACGAUUCAAGUUCCUCCACAGUUUCUGAAGAGACCGAGCAACACUUACGCUCACGAGGCUACGGACAUAUUGUUUGAAUGCGAGGCGACUGGAUCCCCUGCCCCCACCAUCAAAUGGGUUAAAAACGGGGACGCCGUGGUUCCCAGCGACUAUUUCAGAAUCCUGAAAGAGCAGAAUCUGCAGGUGCAGGGCCUGGUGAAGACCGAUGAGGGGUUUUAUCAAUGUCUAGCCGAGAACGAAGUGGGCAACAUACAGGCCAGCGCUCAACUCCUCAUUCUAGACCAAGCCACCCCCUCUCCCUCACCCACACUGAUCCGUGCCACUGCUGACCGUGUAACACCAGGCUCAGGAGGAAGCUCCGGCUCCGACCCCGCUCCCGUCCCUGGUCCCGUGCCCUCGGCCCCCCGUGACGUAGUGGCGUCCCUGGUGUCCACCCGCUUCAUCAAGCUGACCUGGCGCCUGCCGCUCGAGCCACACGGCGACGACAUCACUUACUCCGUCUACUACGGUCUGGAGAGCACCAAAAGGGAGAGGACGGUGAACACCAGCCGGCCGGGCGAAAUGCAGGUCACCAUUCAGAACCUCAAGCCAGACACCAAGUACACCUUUCGAGUGGUGGCGUACAAUAAGCACGGCCGUGGAGAGAGCUCAGUGCCCCUGAAGGUCGCCACCCAGCCAGAAGUUCAAGUACCAGGACCCGCUCCCAACUUCCAAGCCGUGGUCCAGACCUCCUCUUCAGUCAGCCUGAGCUGGGACAAACCACUGACUGGCAACGGCGACAUCCAGAACUAUAAAGUAUACUACAUGGAGAAAAGCCUGGGCAAUGAGAAGGACAUUGAGGUUAGUGGACUGUCCUACACCAUGUCUGGGCUGAAGAAGUUCACAGAGUACAACUUCCGAGUCGUGGCCCACAACAAGCACGGACCUGGAGUCUCUACAGAAGAUGUGUCAGUGCGGACUUACUCAGAUGUCCCCAGUGCAGCACCCCAGAACAUGACUGUGGAGGUGCUAAACUCAAAGAGCCUCAUGGUGCGAUGGCAGCCCCCUCCAGCUGACGCUCAGAACGGAGAGAUCAUAGACUACAAGAUUCGCUACAAGAAAGGCACGAGGAAGAGUGAACCUUUGGAGAUCACCACAGGAAACCAGCUCAGCAAGCUCAUAGAUGGGUUGCAGCGUGGCACAGAGUACUCUGUGCGCGUGUCAGCCAUAACUGUGAACGGCUCAGGCCCCGCGACAGACUGGACCACCGCUGAGACCUUCGAGAGCGAUUUGGACGAGACCCGGGUCCCCGAUGUGCCUGGUUCUUUACAUGUCCGGCCGCUGGUGAACAGCAUCGUGGUGAGCUGGUCUCCACCAGAGAACCAGGACAUUGUGGUUAGAGGUUACAUCAUAGGCUAUGGAAUCGGGAACCCUCAUAGCCAAACGAUCAAAGUUGACUACAAACAAAGAUAUUACAACAUCGAGAACCUUGAUCCCAGCUCGCACUACGUGAUCACGCUGAAGGCUUACAACAACGUAGGUGAGGGCAUCCCGGUGUACGAGAGUGCCCUCACGCGACCCCAGACAGACCCCAUAGACCCUGAUGUUGAUUUGUACGAACUUUUCCAUCCUCCAUACACUCCAGUACCAGACCCCAUUCCCAUGAUGCCUCCCGUGGGUGUUCAGGCUUCGGUUCUGAGCCACGACACCAUCAAAGUCACGUGGGCUGACAACUCGCUGCCCAAGAAUCAGAAAAUCACAGAUGCACGCUACUACACAGUGCGCUGGAAGACCAACAUACCAGCAAACACCAAGUUUAAGACGGCCAACACUACCAACCUGAGUCACAUGGUGACGGGUCUGAAGCCCAACACUCUGUACGAGUUCUCCGUCAUGGUCACUAAAGGCAGGAAAACUAGCACGUGGAGCAUGACGGCUCAUGGGACGACGUUAGAAGCCACGCCGAGUUCUGCCCCCAAAGACGUGACUGUGGUGAGUAAGGAGGGUCGUCCACGCACCAUCAUAGUCAACUGGCAGCCUCCUUCCGAAGCCAACGGCAAAAUUACAGGCUACAUCAUCUACUACAGCACUGACGUCAAUGCUGAGGUACACGACUGGGUGAUUGAGCCGGUGGUGGGGAACCGACUCACCCAUCAGAUCCAGGAGUUGACCCUUGACACAACAUACUACUUUAAAAUCCAGGCUCGCAACUCCAAGGGCAUGGGGCCCAUGUCCGACGCAGUCCAGUUCCGCACGCUUAAAGCUGAAUCAUCUGACAAAAUGGCUAAUGACCAAGCUUCUGGGAUCCCCGGGAAACCAGGCCGAACAGCUACACUAGACCCUGGUAUUGGGAAAUCAGGGAUGCCUGGUAGCGAAAACCACAUCCUGGUGAUCGUCAUCAUCGUGUCCGUGGGAGGCUUCAUCAUCAUCGCGUUGGUCGUGGGAGCCUUACUGUGCUCGCGCCGCUCCAACUCCCAGCAGAAAAAGAAACGGGCAGCCUGCAAGUCCACCAACGGCUCACACAAGUACAAAGGCAACUCUAAAGACCUCAAACCACCUGAUCUUUGGAUCCACCACGAACGCUUGGAGCUCAAACCUAUCGAUAAGUCACCUGAGCCCAAUCCGGUCAUGACGGACACCCCGAUCCCACGUUCCUCCCAGGACAUCACUCCUGUAGAUACCACCAUGGACCCGAUCCUCCAGAGACGGAAUUCGUACCGUGGCCAUGAGUCAGAGGACAGCAUGUCUACACUGGCAGGUCGUCGGGGAAUGAGGCCUAAAAUGAUGAUGCCCUUUGAUGCUCAGCCCCCUCAGCCCGUGAUUAGUGCUCACCCCAUCCAUUCCCUUGAUAACCAUCACCACCAUUAUCACCUGGGCAGCCUGGCCUCCCCGACCCACAACUAUCUGCAACACGCGAGCAGCCCGCGACCCCUCACCACCUCCAUCUCUUAUCUAGACAGGGCCGAGUCGCCAGAAUCGGUGAGAAACACUCCCACUACAGACCUGCUGCCUGCUUCAGCUCAGCCCUCCUGCUCCAUCGAUCACUCGGAGACCGACGUCAGUUAUCACGGCUCGGCUACCGAGGACGAGCCCAGCUACAACCCCCCAACAGCACACGUACGCCCCACACACCCUCUCAAGAGCUUCGCCGUGCCCUCGGUGCCCGCCCACGGCUCCGCCUACGAGGGAGUUGCUCUGCCCAGCACACCCCUGCUCUCUCAGACAGGUCCUCACUCGGUCAAGACCGCUUCCAUCGGGACGCUGGGUAGGACGAGGACGCCGAUGCCAGUAAUCGUACCCAACGCACCGGACGUCCCAGACAGCAGCAGAAUGCUGGAGGAAUGCGAGAGCCUCCACUGCCUGUCUCCUUUAUAACUCUCAAAUUUCCCAAAAUUCCAUUCCUAAGCUUCCCCUCCCCUCCUACCCCCACCCCCACAAAACAAAAAACAUUAACCUCCUCAAAGCCCGUUCUCUUUCCCUCCCUCCUGCAUUAACCCUCUCCCUCUUUCUCAGAAGUACGAGACGGACGAGCUGUCGGAGGAGAUGGCCCACCUGGAGGGCUUAAUGAAGGACCUAAACGCCAUCACGACGGCCUGAGCACAAUGCCUACACCCUAACACACACACACACACAAUCAUAUAUACACACACACACACACGCACGCACGCACUCUCUUACAAACACACGCUUACUUUUAUCCACAGCCUGCCACGGCAUGGACACGAGUCCUCAGUCCUUUACAGAACCGAAUGAGAGAAAUUGAACAUUUUGGCUUGCCUUGCUAACUCUCAGGAAGGAAAUGGCCGUCGGUUAAAGGAGUGAAAGACAUUUUAGGUACCGAUUCCUUCAGGAACGUUUCGCGUUUUUUUUGUGCUUCGGAGACGCUGUUUGUUACGAAUUUAAAAAAAAAGAAAAGGAAAAAAAAACAAAACAAAGGAAGAUUACAAUAUGCUGGUGUUCGUGCUGGUGCUCAAGGCACAAUUUACAGUGUUUCAUUUGUGCGUUUUUGUAUCUCUCGAUCUCCCUCUGUCUCUCUCUCUCUCUAUCUAUAUAUAUUUCCAGCCGUUCCAGUGAGGUGAAUAUUGGACACUGUUCCUUUUAUUUUCAUAAGAAGUCAUUUUUGUAUUACGCGUUUUGAUUGAAUGACAUUGUUCCUUUUUGUACGUCAUCUAUCGUGCCAUGUCGUUAUUAUUUCCUGUUUUUUUUUUUGUAUUAUUUUAUAUACAUAUACGCUUAUAGAUAUGUAUAUAAAGUCAAAACUGCCUCAUACUACUUUUCAAAAAAUAGCAAUGUUUUCAGAGGAGAGUGCGUCAGCCUUACGGGUCUCCUGUCACCGAGACCCGGCGCUCGGUUUCCUCUGGAGGUCGGACGGCGUGACGUCGGAUUGUCCUCGGUACGAAACGAUUUUUCCGAAAUGGGAGCUCCUUUCAGAAUAUUGCCUUACACUUCUGUCUGCACGGACACUCAUGCUUCAAGGAGGGAAGCGAAAAUCCACCGCUUGUGUGUCACCGGUCACUGUGAUAUACAGACUUGCUUUUGUUUGGAGCUGCGAGAUCAUGGGUGCGCUGGCUGCUAGACUACGGCUUACAUCCUGUUUACUGUCAGGUGCUCUACAGUUUUUUUUUUUUUUAAGCAUUAACUCGACUUCAUACGGACUGAAACUUUGAAACGGAUGUUACACAGGAAAAUGCAGUAUACACGUUCUCAGUAUAAGUCCAGGACUGUUUGAAUUUUAUGAAUUCUCUGUAGAAACAUACACGGCACUUCGGGAUGUCACGUGCAAACCUUCCGAACAGGACUCCCAACAGUCGUUCUUUUUUUUUUUUUUUUCUUUUCUUUUCCUUUUUGUUCCUCUCAUGUAGUCAUUUUAUAUGAAGAAUUUCAAUGUGAAUGAAAAAUGUGGUGGUCUGGGAAAACCCGUAGAAUGUCGGUGUGGCUGAAAUUCUAGCAAAGAAACAAAAUCUGGAAUUUUGUGGGGAGAAAAAUCUCAUUUUAUCCUGGCUAAAACACGUGCCGACACCUCAGUUUUAAGAAACCAUGAAUAUAUUUCAACAAAAAAAAAAAUGUCGGAAUGAUUAUUAUUUACGUUUGAACCCUACACAGAUUGUUUGCGUCUGUCGAAAGAUGUCGAAAACCUCGCUAGCUAGCUAAGUGCGAUUUUUCUCACAUAGACUUUGAUUGAGUUCCUGGACAUCGAAAUGGACAUUAGACGAUUCAGAUAUCGUCUCUCUAAAUGCAAAUUUCUCCCUUUUCACUUCUAAAGAGAUCCCCAAAAAAAUACCAGAGGUUAAGAUACACGCAAGAGAGAAAACUAUAGUAGAUAAAUAUUACAAUUUCACCAUCUGAAGGGUUUUCCAGGCCGCCCAACGCGAGUGUUCUCCUGCUGGAAAUCAUUUUCCUUCUCCCCUUCCCUUUUACCCAAAGAACAGCAUCACUGCAAUCGUAUCAUUCGCUCGACUUUGAUUACUCUAGUGUCAUAUCUUCCAUCCUCUUGAAUGACGGUAUGCCUGUAAGGAAUCGCCGGGUUACAGGAACACGUCCAGUUCGAAGAGACAAUUUAUUUGGGAUAAAAUAUGUUGUUAGACAGUAAACCUUUUUUGCACUUUUUUCAACAGGUUCUGAAAAAAAAAAAAAAAACAUUUCUUACAUAUCCUGUGUUUUCAAUAUAAAGCUAUAUUUGUGUAAUGUAGUGUCAUAGCUUAGCAGUAGGCAGCUGGUCUUGUUCAUAUUUUUUUUUUUUUUUGCAUCUUAAAUGGUAUUUGAGCGACAGGUUUUACUGUGUUGCAAAUGAGGAAUUUUAUUGUUGCUUAUUUCUGUACAAAGAUCUUUUUGCUGUCUGUAGAAUAAUCUGUGGCUUUUUAAAAAAAAACAAAAAAAACAAACAAACAAAAAAAAAACAAGUUCUAAAAUAUGA